CCGUCUCUCCGCCGUUGCUGUCCACCGAAGUAAACGUUGCCGCUACCGAAGUGCACAUGGGUAAACCUCCAGGCGAUCCUAAUACCCUGCAAAAUAGGCUUGACAAGGUAGCAGCAGCCAUGGUCGGCGGCGGAGAGGUGGUUCCGGCGUGGCUGUCGGGGCUGGUGACGGAGAAAUUCUUCAACGCCUGCAUAAUUCACGAGGACAUCAAGAAGAACGAGAAGAACGUCUUCUGUCUCGAUUGUUGCGACGGAAUUUGCCCUCACUGCUUCGCCAAUCACCGCUCCCAUCGUCUUCUCCAGAUAAGAAGAUAUGUUUACCAUGAUGUGAUACGUCUCGUCGAUGCCGAUAAGCUCAUGGACUGCGCUCAUGUCCAGUCUUACACUACCAACAGCGCGAAAGUGGUGUUCUUGAAUCAGAGGCCUCAGACGCGACCGCCGCGGGCUUCCGGCAACCUCUGCAUCACCUGCGACCGGAAUCUGCAGGAAUCCUCUCUUUUCUGCUGCAUCUCCUGCAAGCUUCAGCACAUUCUCAAAACUGGGUGCAAACUUUCCAACUACCUUCGCAAGUGUGAAUUCAUGGCGCUGCCGGAACCGGCUCUGGACGACGGUCAGAUGACCCCCGACUCGGUUCUGGAGCGGUCCGCUUCGCUGCGGACCGAAUCCGGUUCAAGCGGCGGCGGCGGAGGUGGGUUAAUGGAGUGUCCGCACCUGAGCUGUACGGCGACGACGGAGGUGGUGGUGAAGAAGAAGAGGAGCAGCAGCAGCCGGUCGGGUUUUAAACCGGUUUCCCGGCCGGUUUAUGAGAUUUCCGAGUCAAUGAUGAACCGGAGGAAGAGUACGCCGCGCCGGUCUCCGCUCCUUUGAUUUGAGCGGCGGUUUGAUGGCAAUGAGGGGAAAAGUAGUGAUGGGAGAGGGGCAAAUCCGGAAUUUCAAAUCAUGAUAGUAGUAGUAUGAGUAGUAGGGGCAUUUUAGGGAAAUUACUAACCCUCCCAAAUUUUGUAGAUUACUACACUAGUUUCCCUUCUUUUUGUCUUUUUCAUAGA